GCGCGUGCGCAGAGUGGGCGGCCGUUGUCUCAGUCAGGGAGGGGAGGCGGCUCUCAGUUCGGCCAUGAACGGGUUCCGUGUCGGGGCGACCCCUUUGGGCUUCUCCGCGGCGGCUGCCCGGAGCGGCAGCAGCGAGAGCCUGGAGAAGAUCGACAUGUCGCUGGAUGAUAUAAUUAAAUUGAAUAAGAAAGAAGAGAGAAAGCAGUACUCCCCCCAAAUGAACAGAAGGCUUCAACAGAAUGGAACUCGACAGUUCAGGAUGAGGGGGACCAGGUGGGGAAUCCAACAGCAGACAGUGAUCUUCACAACCAUGAGGACUGGAAACCUUAAAUGA